AUGUUUCUUAUGCAGACAAUAAAUCAUACCAAAAUAAAAAAUCGUGUAAUAAUUUUUUAUUGCAUUUACACAAUAUCCUUGAGUUUACUUAGUACAUGUAGUGCUGCAACUGAAAAUCUAACAAAUUCAAAUUAUGCAACAUUAACCCACCACAAUGGCUUACCAACUGCACCAGCUACAGCAUCAGUAACUACAUCAACAUCAACGACUAGUGGAUCGUCAUAUCAAAGUGCGGGUACACGCACCGCUCUUCGUAUUUAUGAUGAAUGUGUACGUUCUGAAGGCGGUUUUGUGCCAUGCCUCAAAAAGAAAGCGAUCUCCUUCAUAGAUCGUAUAUCACACAUUGAUGCCAUAACCGUUGCAGAUGGCGUAAAAGUCGUACGGCUUUCACGUAACGACAUCACACCUCUUCACACCGCUUUUAGUGAGAAUGAAUUGGAAUCAAAUCUUCCACGCUCGUUGGAGGAUCGUGACAGUAAAUUAACACAUAUGCUGAUUGAACGUCUGAGUAACUUUUUCAAUGCACACUCCUUGCAAGUGAGUUUUCCUAAGGUAACUUCGGAGGAAAUUGGACGCGGUUUAGAAGAAGGUCGUGGCAAAAUGAAGAAAAUGAUGGGCAUGAUGAUGAUGGGCAUGGCAAUGAAAAUGAUGGGCAUGAUACCAAUGGCAAUGGGCAUGCUUUAUAUACUUGCUGGCAAGGCUUUAAUCAUAUCGAAAAUUGCACUUUUACUGGCUGGUAUAAUGGGUUUGAAGAAACUAAUGGCUGGACGAGGUGGCUCUAGUGGUGGUGGUGGUGGUACGAGUUGGUCAUCCAGCGGAGGCGGAGGUGGAUGGUCCUCUGGUGGUGGCGGUGGUUACGAUCGACGUUCAUUCAAUGAAGCACAAGAAUUGGCGUACCGCAGUUACAGCAGGCAACCAAAUCAUUUAGUUUACCCACAACAAUCACAACUAAAGCAACAACAACAGCUACAAAAACAGCAGGGAAAAGUACAACAACAGCAACAGCAACAGCAGCAGCAGACACAGCAGCAGCAGCAACAAUACCAGCCGCAGCAAUUACAACUGCAACAAGUGCAAAAGUCAUAAAUGCAGUAAAAGUUAAAUUACUAUAAAAUUUACAACAAAUAUGAAAAAUGAUUAAAAAUCGAUCAUGAGCAAAUUAUCUUGUAGAUAAUUUUUCUUUCAACAAAUUGCAACGACAUAGUUACUGACAACAGCUACGGCAAGAUCUUCACAUAAAAAGUUGAACUUUAUUUUUUUAUGAAAUUUUGUAAUUAUGUAUGUGUGCUUCAUAAAUUGUACUUACU